AUGGCCGCUCUCGUUUCAUUGCAAGACAUUGAAAAUGCCAUUGAAAUAAUCAACAAAAGCCCUAUGGUUUACAGGACCCCACUUUUACAAAAUGUACAAAACAUGUUUGGUUUUGGGGACCAAUUUAAGCUGCACUUGAAGAUGGAAAACAUGCAGAAUACAGGUAUAAUUUAUUACUUAAACACAGUAUAAAACAUCAAGUUGAGAUUUACCGAUGUUGAUAAGCUAUAAAACCACUGAUUAUCUUGGUAUGUGUAAUGGUUUGUGUCAAUAUUUGGAAGGUCUUCAAAUUCCUGAUGUAACUCAAACUGUAAUUCUCAAGAGAUGAAUGUUAAAACAAGGUUCCAUCUUUCUACACCAGGGACUCAGUCUAAAUACCUGAAUUGGAGAGAGCCCCUCUUAGGGUGGGGGUUGGGUUGCGUAUGUCCCUAGUAUGAAUUUCAAAUACGAUGGUUUUGCGUCUUCAGGAGUAGGCCAUGUCUCUCUCAGUAUAAUAUUUUAACAUACCGUCAUAUUUGCUCAAAUAAAAGCAGGGGCAAUUAUUUUUUUCUUCGCACCAACAGGUGGCGAUUAAUUGAGGGAGGCGAUUAUUUCAAAUGUUGCUCACUGGAAAUUGUGCCCUAAAUAUUUUGUUCUAUUAUCCCAUUAUAUCAAAAAAUAAUCACAUCAAAUAAAGUGAACAUGGGCUAAGUGUUCUAGCCUGCGAGCAAGCUCUCCUAUUUGGGUAAGCGAAGUGAGCCUCGCGAGAACGCGCGAGCGAGGGGGCCGAGGAAAGGAGAGCUUGCAACGAUCUCUCAUAAAUUUUCAUUUCCACCCGGGAAACCCCGGGACUCCGCAAAGCGUGAAAACUGUCACCGCAAACGUGCCGCAGAUUAGAAAAGUGACAACCGCCUGUCAAGUAAGUUGAGACAGCCGAGGACGCGUAGAAUUAUUUAUUUAUUUAUAAAUCGCUUUCGCAACAGCAUCAAAGCAAUGUUUUUGUAUGUUUUUUUUUCCACGGGGACAUCGAACUUCAAUGUGUCCGCUCGGAUAAGAAGUCACUAAUUUGAUUCUCGUUUCGUUUACUUUCUCUUUUCCUUCUUUACGGUCAAGCUACACAGCUACACUGUCAAGUACAUGUUUCUGAAUUUUUCUACCCAGUAGAAUUCAAUCGGGCGAAGAAACCGAUGUUGGAAAACAGUGCUUGAAUCACUCUUCACUUUCACUCUCCCGGUUUUAGAACUAAACAAGGUGCUUGACACAAACGAAUACAACUCAGUGAUGAAGGGUUUUCAUUUUCCUUCCACAAGAACUACAAACUCGACAUGACUUAUCCUCGGCUCGCAACAUUCUCUUUACAAGAGUUACAUCAAACGAGCCCGUAUGCUUUGAGGGCUGAAACAAGUUCUCGGUACCAAUCUGAUCCCCCUGAGAACCAAAUAUGACACACAGACGAAGCCGGUGCCAGCUUAGCCUGUUAUCAAUCAACUUUGAUUUCCGGAACGUCAUUUUUCAGCCAAUGGUAUUUCCCUUCGUCUGGGCGAAGUACAAAUGAAAAUUUGUAAGGGAUGGUUGCAAGCUCUCCUUUCGCCUGCCCCUCGUGGCUUCGCCGCUCGCUCGCGCGUUCUCGCGAGACUCGCUUCACUCGCCCAAAUAGGAGAGCUUGCUCGCAGGCUAAAGUGUUCCAAAUUUGGUUCCUAGAUUAAUUUUCAUUUUCAAUAUCCUUGGCAUCAAAGCUUGAAUUGUUGCUGAUCAGUUUUUGCCUGAUGAGACUCCACCUUAUUUUCAGCCCGCAGAUUUACAUACCGCUAUAUAUGGGUAUCCCUGCAAGAGCGUGAGGGCGAUUACUCGAGGAAGGCAAUUAUUUUAAAUAUUUCUAUCAAAGGGGGGUGAUAAUUCAAGGCUCAAGGGAGGCACUUAAUCGAGGGAUGGCUAUUAUUCAAGGAGAUACGGUAUCUAUCCAUUUCAUCUAGUCUUAUGUCGCCUUUAACCAGAUGAAUUUUUUUUGUUACCGGUAAGUGGGCCUAUAACUGGGUGGGGGCUUGAAAGUAGGGGGAAGGGGGGGCAGGGGGGCAGGGCUUGUAAGGGGAAGUUUAGCUGGUGGCUUAUAAAGCUUUUAUUGUGUUAGGUUCAUUUAAAACCCGUGGCAUUGUCAACCAGUUUGCCCACAUCCCUGCUGAAGUCAUUGGCAGCAAGAGAAACCUUGUGUCCAUCUCAGCUGGGAAUUAUGGCAAGGCGUUUGCUAUUGCUACAAAGAAACAGAACUUACCAGCGACAUUGUGUAUGCCAGAGACAGCACCUGUUAACAGAGUAACUCUAAUUGAGGUAUUUCUUUUCUUUUCUCAACUUUCCAAAGGCAAAUUAACUGUCUCUUAAUUGAUAUCUUAUGAUAUUAUAACUUAAUCACUUGCAAGUUGAACUUACAAAAAACCUACAAUAAAUAUUGGCCCAAAUUGUACCUUAGAAAUCUACAGUCCCAAGACAUUUGUAUAAGGUUUGAUUUGCAUUAAUAUACAGUCAACAACUUGUGUCAUUUAUAGGCAUAAUUAUUGUCAACAUAUUGCAUGCAAUAAAGCCGUGGAUAGUGAUCUACAAUUAUGCCGCUUAAUUUAUCUUACGGCUAACCUGAAAUAAUUAUAUUCUUUUCUAACAAUUCAAAGCUGAUUUACAGAGUCUUGGUGUGACGGUGGAAAGAAUGCCAUCAUGCAAUUUACAAGCUGCUGUUGAUCGCCAUGUCAGUGAUGAUGGCAUGUAUUUCCUUCACUGCUUUGAUGAUCUUAAUCUUAUUGCAGGCUAUGGAAGGUAACUCAUUAUUUCUGGCAAUAGAAUGAGGGAGGGAGGGAGGGGUGGGCGGUUGGGUGAGCUUUUGAUGGGUUUGUGACUCUGUGCUACACGCUUCCUAGUUUUAAACUUUGCAUAAUAGCAUUCUCAUAAUCAAGGCUGAGCUCUUACAGCUCCUGCCCACAUGUCCAAUACUCUCGACCAGAUUCCAGUGGACCAAACCUGCCUGGUGGCCCCUGGCACCUAUCUCUUGCUUACAGGUGACUAGAAAGUCUUUUUUUUUAGAUAUAAAUCAUACACUGGGCACCAUACCGAUUUCACAGAUUCAUAGAGCAUUGCAGAGCUGACCUUACAAUUUUUUUUAUAGCUCAGCCUUGAAUACUAUUUAUCAGCACGGUGCUAAAAUUAAGGUGACAAUUGACUCUUGAUCUAAUGUCAAAUUCUCCAUCUCAUUUACAAGCAUAUAUGAAGUGCACUGGAAUGACAAUUUUAUUUAUCAGUUUAUCAGAAGCCAGUAGCUUUACUCCAGCUGGCACCACUUAACAUUGUGUCUUUAAAGCUCCCUUUUCUUCUGAUCAACCCUUUUUAAUUUCAAUGUGUCAAAUUUGUUCAAAAAUGCACAACGUCCCACUUGUCCCCAGUCAUCUGUUUUUUCUCUUAUAAAUAUUAUUAUUUGAUGAGGUUUAAUCGCUGCUGGAAUAGCUUGCAAUGAGUAUUCUCCUUGUUUAAUAGUGCUGGUGUCGAGAUAUUAGAAGAAAUUCCAAAUCCUGAUGUAGUGAUCGUGUGUUGUGGAGGAGGUGGCCUAGUGUCUGGUGUUGCGGCAAGCAUAAAACUUAAAGGAAGUAAAGCAACAAGGAUAUUUGCUGUGGAACCUGAAGGAGGUGGGUGAAUUAAAGGUCAUGUCCGAUAAACUGCUAGAUUCUCCGCCCAAUCUGUCUUGUGCAUUUUUUCGAAAAUGCAAGGGAGAAUUAAAAACUUGGUCAGGAAUCACUUACAAUAGGACCUUAUUACACACAUCCCUUCUUCCCAUGCUUUACUACCUGAGUGCCUUUCCUGAGUGAAUGCAGCAGUGUUGGUUUUCACAGUCAUGGUCACACCCUAUCCUGUUUCAGUGGCAGAUCCAGACCUUCAGAUAAGGGUGGGGGGGGGCAGUCAUCCAGACCCUGAGGUGAGGUGUCGGGGGAAGUCUCAAAAAUAUUUUUUGGCCCUUUGGGCCUCAGUUUGGUCUAAAAAUGGGGGUUGGGGGCCUCUCCUGGAUCUGCCACUGUGUUUGUUCAAAUCCACAUUGAAUGGCCAUUGAAUGGCUUGAAUGGCCAGUCAAUGGACAAUGUCCGGUCAAAAGUAGGCUUUGUCUGAUCAAAUCCUUGAAGGACUUGACACUUUAUUCUCACUGUUAGUUACACUUCUAAUAAUGGGAAAUUUAAUUCUAUAGAGAUAUGAUGUAAUAAUGUUUGUUCAGCCAAAAACGUCCAAGCAAAAGUAGGUUUGACAGGAUAACUUGACUGGUACCCACCACAAAUUAUUUCAAGCCCUACCCCCCAUUUCAGUAGGGUUAUAAUUACGGGUAACUUCUGGAACCUUCAGUUUAAAAAAGAUCUGGGAUUUUUGAAAAAAAAAAUUAUUGAUGUACAAUGGUGAGAUAAUGACAAAGAAAACAUUAAUAAGCUUUUAAAAUAUAUUAAAUUUGCAGCACCUACCAUGUAUCUUAGUAAACAGCAAGGUCAUUCCGUCAGUGUGAAAUCAGUAAACACCAUCGCCUCAGGACUUGCUCCCCCUUAUGCAGGUAAGGAAGAUUGUGAACGUAAUUUCUAGGGACUCUGCAGUAAAAUAGCUCAAACUUUUUUAUGUAACACUAGCGUGCCACAUAUAGCCCAUGGCUACCUAGACAUGUCUGUGUAUCGUGCGUUUCUUAUUAAAGGACAGUUUCACUUUCCAGUAGCGUGCUCAGUCUUUUCAGUGUUUUGUACACUUCUUUACCUGCCCUGCCCACCUCCUCGCAGUUAUGAACUAUUUAAAUUCACUACCAGGAGCUCCCUGCUCCUACCUCCUCGCGCUGAGUUUCCCAUAUCUGACUAGCAUUACAGGCAUUGUUUGUGGGUGGUCCUAGUGAGAAUGUAUCAGAAUGUCUGUUGUCAAAGAGACCAGCAAGCUGGCAAGAAGAGUGGGGAUCACAAUGUCUGCUUGUCCAGGCAAAGUGCUAACCUGCAGAGAACUUGAUGGUUUGUUAAUUUUUUCUCAACAGGAAAAAUUACUUUUUGUCAUGUGCAAGAGUUUGUAGAAGAUGUUAUUUUAGUCACAGACGAUGAGAUCAAGAGGUCAGUACAUUGAUAACCUUAUAAUAUAAAAUCUGUGUUUCCAUAUCGAGUCUUAAUUUUUCAUUCUCUUGAAUUUAAAGGCAAGACAGCUGCAAAACAUUAUCAAAAUUCAAUUGUGUAAUUACAGAAACAUCUGUGCAAGACAUACUCUUUCUGUCAAAUAAAAUAAUUAUUGUAUUUUAUGCUGUUGGUUCAGGCCUUUCCUAAUGUGAAGUUGAUUUUACUCCCCUUCCCCCAAAAAUAUCCUAUGGUGUUACACUGUGAGGAGAGAAGAAGUUAAGUGAAGUUUUCCUUGUAACAUCUAGGCUUACUUAGAUAAGGUUAUGAAUAAUGGCUAUUUUGAGUGACAUGGGUAUAACUAACUGGAGGUGAUUUCCGAUAUACAAAAAAAUUUGCCUUGACACUUCCACAUUAUUUUGUAUUGCUAAAGUUUCUUCACUCUUAUAAUUUAAAAAUUUGCUCAAACAUUUGCAAUAAGUCCUCCUCUGGUUGCCGUCUGUCUCUCAAGAACACCGUUGCUUGUAAUUAAGCAUCCAAAAUGAAUUUUCACAUGCCAUUUCUCAGUAACUACAGUGAAUUUUUUAAAACCUUUCUUUUUACACAGGGCUGUAAAGACAUUUUACAAAGCUGGUCUUGUUGUUGAGCCCUCAGGAGCUGCAGCUUUUGCAGCCUUACAAUCAGACAAAAUACCAGAUUUAUUGCCUGGAAGCAAUGUAGUUGUCAUGGUCACUGGAGGAAAUGUAACAACUGAAGAACUGUGUGAUCUUGUUAGGUAG